GUGUAUAAAUGAAUCAGUCAGAUUCAGCUGUCUACAGAGCUUUUACCUACAUCAGCAUCAACAGUGACCUUGUUUUGUUAAGAUUGCAUGUUUGCAAGCAGAAUUGAGGGGAGUGGGGGUUUAUGCGAUCGCCUCCUACUCCUCAGAAGGCAGCCCGCCCUCCGGCCUCUUUUUCUCCGCCUCCUCUUCACGCAGAUCACUGGGGUCGGGGCCUUUUCCCGAGGGAGCCGUAUAUCAUGAAAGAGAAAAAAGGAUCCUGCUAGUCCGUGGAUGAUGAGAUCGACCACGAUAUUCCUCUUGUUGACUCUCCUGGGACUGGCAUGCUCUAUUGGCGCGACCGUCCCAAGAAAUCUUGCCUUGCGUGGAAAAGCUACACAGUCAGACCUCAUCGAGAACCCAUGGCACGGUUUGAGUCAUGCCUCCAAUGCCAUUGAUGGGAACCGCGAUUCACAUUUCCAUCAUGGGUCCUGCACUGCCACUGACGAAUCCACUAACCCCUGGUGGAGAGUGGACCUGCUUGAUACCUACAUAGUCACCUCCAUCACUGUCACCAACAGAGGGGAUGCUCUUCCUGAGAGGCUUAACGGGGCUGAGAUACGAAUAGGAAAUUCUUUAGUGGACAAUGGCAUUCAUAACCCUCUGGUUAAAACAAUUCCCUCUGUUCCAGCUGGCAGUUCUCUCACCCUUGCUUUUGACCCAAGUUUCGAAGGACGCUAUGUGAUUGUGGUUCUACCAGGCCAGCAUAGACUUCUGACACUCUGUGAAGUGGAGGUUUACGGAUACCUUGCCCCAACUGGAGAUAAUGUGGCUCUAUAUGGAAAGGCCACCCAGUCGUCUUUGAAUGAGUUUGGCAUUCCAGGCAAUGCUAUUGACGGGAAUCGCAAUGCUAUUUGGUUAGGAGGGUCCUGCACCCACACUCUACAGGACAUCAACGCCUGGUGGAGGGUGGACCUUCUGAAGACCUACAAAGUGUUCUCCAUCACCAUCACCAACACAGUCGACAGUGUUCCCAGCAGACUCAAUGGAGCUGAGAUCCGUAUUGGAGAUUCCCUGAAAGACAACGGCAUCAAUAAUCCUAGGUGUGCUGUGAUCUCCUCUAUCCCAGAUGGCAAUUCAAGCACCUUCCAGUGUCCGGGCAUGGAGGGUCGAUAUGUCAUCGUGGUCAUUCCAGGGAGGAAGGAGUACCUGACCUUGUGUGAGGUGGAGGUGUACGGAUCUCCCCUGGAUGGGACUGGGCCUACAUGUAACUAAAUCCGAUCAUUAAUUCUUAACAGCACCCUGCAAUGUUUGGGGAAUGUAUUGUCUUACGAAAACAAUUCAACUUUUUAGUAUACUAUCACUAUUCUGUAAGUUCGUCUUGCACACUGUUUUUGGAUGUUUGGGUAUAAAUUGACGAACACUUUUUGGAACACUUUUUAAGAACAACUUUCAUGAAUUAUUAUGCAGCCUAAUUAUUGUUUAGACAGUUAUCAUUCAUACCAUGAAAUGCAUGUAAUGCUGUUAAGUAAUGCUAUUAUGUUCGAAUGAAUGGUCCCACUUUAAAUGACCUUCAGAUUAUAAAGGCUUCAUAAAGCCUUAAUAAUGCCUUCAUAAGCAGUACAAAAAUGUUUACAAAGCAUCUAUAACCAUAUGUCAUGCUUUAUAAAGGGUUCAUAAAUGUGGCAUAACUGUGUGACAUAAUCAUCUAUAUCAAAUGUGAUAUAACCCACUAAGUCAAAUAUUAUAUAAACAUGUGCUUUAUAAAGGGUGACGCGCUGAAGGAUGGAAAAAGCUCUAAAGGGAUGUCAUCUUAGUCACAUUACACCUAAUCUCGUUCCCAAACACUUCCGCCCAAAUGCUCAGAAGGUCUGAUGGACCAAUGCAUCAAACUUGGCCUUCAUUAUUCAGGGUUCGGUUUCAAAUCACAUUUUAACAAGAUAAAGUGUAGAAAUGGGCAGGGUUUAGCCAAAAUUAUGACUUUUUGACUUUUUUGUGUUGUUUAGUAGUGACAAUGACAAAUACUUUACUCAGUAAGGUCACUGCUAUAGAAUUCUAUAGUCACUCCCACUUUGCCCAAUUUUGAAUGGUUGAUAUCCCAGGCUUCAAUGUGCUGUGUGAGCAAUAGCCUGAGAACAACAUUACACCAAGAAACCCUUACCUUAAUGAAAGUCCCCAAUCUAAAGAAAUUGAAAGUGUCUUUCUUCUGGAUCCAAGCUACAUGUUCCUCAGUACACAAACAUGAAAACAACAAAAACGAGCCAUACCACACACAGUGCUGGGCCCUGUCAAGCCUUUGACACAUUCACCCAUUUCCCCGCUGAAAGAUCAGCCACAAAAUGUGGCCACCAUUGUAACAUGUUGUAAUCAAGCCCUGGUCCCCAGCAUGGGAACAGAAGAGGAAUAUCUGCUGCGGUAGUCUCAGGUUGGACUACUCCAAAUCAUCUUGGUUCUGACACAUAAACACAAGCUUUGCAGGUCCAUCAACCCUUUUAAUACCUCUCACACCCGACUGUAACCUGUGGAUCAUGAGAGAAACUUAAUAAUAAUAAUAACAUACUUGUUUUUUGGAUUUGAGAACUCAUCACAUCAUCUGCGUCUCAUCAGCAACACUAAAAAAGUACUUCCGUGUCACAGAAUUUUGGAAAUGUUCCAAAUAAAGUCCCCCACGUAAUAGUAGAAAAGUCUCAAACCAUUCAUGAUAUAUGAAAAAUAAUUGUCUAAACAUUAAACAUAGAUUUUUAAGUGACAUUUGCAUUAAAUUUGGGUUUUAAAACAUGUUCCAAGGUCAAAUAAAUGCUCCCAAUGCAAAUCACCAUAUAUAGAAUACAUAUUGGCUUAGAGCAAUAACUAUUCUAGGUGCAGCAGUACAAGUAUUGCAGGGAAUACUCAAUAGGGUCUGUAGAAUGAAUGUACAGUGGGGAGAACAAGUAUUUGAUACACUGCCGAUUUUGCAGGUUUUCCUACUUACAAAGCAUGUAGAGGUCUGUAAUUUUUUAUCAAAUGUACACUUCAACUGUGAGAGAUGGAAUCUAAAACAAAAACCUGCCAACAAAACAACAGUGCAGAGCAUGCUCACUGAAUUAAAGAGCAACUACACUUACAAAUAUACGUUUCUUAGAUUUUUCACAGACCUCAAAAGUCUGAUGUGGUUUAAGAAUUGUUGUGAACACAGAAAAUUAAAUGUUGUUUUUCUAUUAAGAAAGUGAGAAAACACUGGGGGAAAGCAGAAAGAAUGGGGGAAAUCUGAAACCCGGAAAAAGAACCAAGAAAACGGAAUUUGGUGUGGAAAAAGAAGUAGGCAACUACAACAAACAGACUAACGAUUGUAAAAGGCCCUACCAAGGUUUUCUGCUUUGCAUGACUGCACUUUAGAGUCUGUGUUCUCCUGCAGCACAGCAUUUUGGGGGAAGCUGAAGUCAAGUCCAAUAUUGACUAUGCACCCAAGAGGGAAAGAGGAUUGGCCAAUCUAGAAAUGUUUUAGUGAAAUAUAAUAUAUAACAUUUUGCAGACACUUUUAUCCAAAGCGACUUACAGUAUUUCGUGAAUACUUUUUUACGUAUUAUAAGGUGUUGAAUCGAAUCGAAACCAAUAUCCUGCCGUUGCAAUGCUCUACCAAGAUGUAUGACAGGGUUAUAAAUGCGUUGUGAAGCCACAAUUGAAUAUGAUUUAUAAGCUCUUUAUUAAGCGGUGCUCAUGCCACCCUUUAUAAAGCACAGGUUUGUAUCAUUUUUGACAUAGUGGGUUUUGUCCCCUUAGACAUUGGUGAUUAUGGCGAACAGUUAUACCACAGUUAUGAACCCUUUAGAAAGCAUGGCAUACGGUUAUAGAUGAUGUGUAACACAUUUAUGAAGUGUUUAUGAAGGUUUUAGGAAGCCUUUAUAAGCUGCACGUCAUUUAAAGUGGGACCAAAUUCAUGAAUAAACUUCAUUCAUAAAUCUGGAA